CACUUCCUCUUUCAUUGUUGCUGAGAAUGUUCCAGACUGAGUGAGAAGCAAAAAUUCAUCAUCUCUGAAGAACUCUCACCCAGCCCUGUUGAAGAAAUUCCCAGAAUGUUGAUGGUAGCAACUGGAGAUAUGGGAAGCAGGUGCCUCCUGCAUGCCUCAGUUCCUGGCAUGCUGCUUAUCUGGUCAAUAUUACAAAUGAAGAAUAUUUCAGCUUCUUGUCCCCAGUGCAAUGAAAAUGCCAGCUGCUUCAACAGCACCCACUGUGUUUGUAAAGAAGGAUUCUGGACGGGCUCUGAUAAUAGAAGAAUUAUUGAACCCCAUGUGAAAUGUCAAGAUAUUAAUGAGUGUCAACUGAAAGAAUUGGUAUGCAAGGAUGUGUCAUACUGUAGAAAUAAAAUUGGGACUUACGUAUGCAGCUGUGUAGUAAAAUAUCCUUUAUUCAACUGGGUAGCUGGCAUUAUUAAUAUUGAUCAGCCUGAUUGUUAUGUGAACAAGAGCAAGAAAACAGGAUCAAAAACAUGUAUUUUGGGAGUACUGAGUGAAUGUAAAUCCAAAGAGGAUGUUGCAAAAGGAGCUACCACGUUACUUCACCAAGUGGAACUUCACAUCUUGAAUGAAAACUCAGCUACACCAAAAAAGGAUGAAAAUCCUUUAUGGGAUAUCGUGUAUGAAACUAAGAGGUGCAAGACGAUGACUCUUCUAGAAGCUGGCAACAACACAAUGAAGGUUGACUGCACUAGUGCUUUCAAAGAACAGAACAGUGGAGGUGAAACUGCAGUGGCUUUUAUUGCAUAUAAGUCUCUUGGGAAUCUUCUAAAUGGAUCCUUUUUUAGUAACAAAGAAGGGUUUCAGGAAGUAACACUGAACUCUCACAUUGUUAGUGGAGCCAUUCGCUCAGAGAUCAAACCUGUCCUCUCUGAACCUGUACUCCUGACUUUACAAAAUAUUCAGCCCAUUGACUCAAGAGCAGAACAUCUCUGUGUCCACUGGGAAGGAUCAGAGGAAGGGGGUAGCUGGUCUACUAAGGGAUGCUCUCACGUGUACACCAAUAAUUCCUACACCAUUUGCAAGUGUUUCCACCUGUCCAGCUUCGCUGUGCUCAUGGCUCUAUCCCAUGAGGAGGAUGCCGUGCUUUCUGCACUCUCUGUGGUCACCUAUGUGGGACUGAGUCUUUCUCUCUUGUGCCUAUUUCUGGCGGCCAUCACUUUUCUCCUGUGCCGACCCAUUCAGAAUACCAGCACUACACUCCACCUGCAGCUCUCCAUCUGCCUUUUCCUGGCUGACCUCCUCUUCCUCACGGGCAUCAACAGAACUAAGCCUAAGGUGCUGUGCUCCAUCAUAGCGGGGAUGUUGCACUACCUCUACUUGGCUUCCUUCAUGUGGAUGUUUCUGGAAGGGCUACAUCUUUUUCUCACUGUGAGCAAUCUCAAAGUGGCCAACUACAGCAGCUCAGGCAGAUUCAAGAAGAGGUUCAUGUAUCCUGUAGGAUAUGGGCUUCCUGCUUUUAUUGUUGCUGUAUCUGCAAUAGCUGGCCACAAGCAUUAUGGAACAUACAACCACUGCUGGCUCAGCCUUCAUCGGGGAUUCAUCUGGAGCUUCUUGGGGCCAGCGGCAGCCAUUAUCUUGAUAAACCUGGUGUUCUACUUUCUAAUAAUAUGGAUUUUAAGAAGCAAACUUUCUUCUCUCAAUAAAGAAGUUUCUACACUUCAAGACACAAAGGUUAUGACAUUUAAAGCCAUUGUUCAGUUAUUUGUGUUGGGAUGUUCUUGGGGCAUUGGCUUAUUUAUUUUCAUUGAAGUUGGGAAGACGGUGAGAUUGAUCGUUGCCUAUCUGUUCACCAUCAUCAAUGUCCUGCAGGGUGUUUUCAUAUUUAUGGUACAUUGUCUUCUUAAUCGCCAGGUGCGGAUGGAAUAUAAGAAGUGGUUUCAUAGACUGCGGAAAGAAGUUGAAAGUGAAAGCACUGAGGUCUCUCAGUCUACUACUCACACAAAAAUGGGUCUUUCUCUGAACCUUGAAAAUUUCUGCCCAACAGGAAGCCUCCAUGCUCCUUCUGACUCCAUCCCUGCGAGUACUGAAGUUGCAAAUGUAUAUCUAACCACGCCCAGGUCUCACGUGGGUGCUGAGGAUGUGAACUCAGGUACUCAUGCUUACUGGAGGAGAACUGUUAGUGACUGAAUCGGCUCCUUCCCCAAGCCUCUUACAGUGCAUUUUCACUUGUACUGUGACAUGCACAUGAAGCCAUAUUGCUACUCAACAUCUGCUGCAUAUUCCAUGAUCAUUUCAUUUUAUCUCUACUUGCAAAAGUUAGCUUUCUUUUUAUAUCAUUUUUUUAUUUCUCUCUCUUGCAUUUAUGUAUAGCUACGAUUGUGCGGGUUCCUAGUCUUAAUGUUCUAGAUCACUGUUUUCUUUUCAGUUAACCUUUAUUGAUAUUCAGUUCCUGUGUAGUGUAUACCACUGGAAUAUUUUUACUUCUUUAAUUUUGAGGUUAAAAUAUAGUUACAUCAUUUUUCCUUUUUUUCUUUCCCACAAACCUCCUGUAUGCUUUUUCCCUGUUAGCUAUUUUAUUGUUUUAGUAUGCAUAUAUAUUUUAUGCAAAACAUAUAUAUGUAAAAUAUAUGUAUUAAUAUAAAUAUAUAUUCUUAUAUGCAUGAAAACAAUCUACUUAGUCCAAAUAAUGUUCCUUCUAUGUAUGUUUUCAGGACAGGGACAACAAUAGACAUGAUAACAUGGACAGGGUAAAGUCCACAGGACCUCAGCCUUAUACACAGAAUCAGAGGCAGCUGAGGAGUGCUGAGUUGAAAGAAUAGUCUUACCCAGGGGAGAGCACAUUAAUUGGUUAUCUAAUACAAAAUGUUCAGCCCAAAAUUGUUAAGAUAAUAAAACCUAUAUGCUGCAACCCUAUAGUGGUGGAACAACAAUAUGAACUAACCAGCAC